AUGGAAUCAAUAGCCCAUGUCAACGGGAUUCAUUUGUUUUUUGUGCUGCAUUUCUCUGGACUUUUAUUUUGGCGUUUCGGGAAUCCAGUUCGAGCUCAAACAGGUGGUCAGCCCGCAACUUGUAGACUCCUUGAAUUAGCCGGUGCUCCUGCUUUUAUAUGCGUUGUUCUUGCUGCGUCGUUUAAUCCAGAUUGUUGGCUUGCAAUCUCACAACUGAGGUCCAGACCACGAUUUCUGAGGAAGGUGAUCAGCGCGAGGAGGAUCUCAGCCCGACACAGCUUUCCAGUGAAUCCCCACCAAACAAGAAACAACAUCCAUCCCUGUCGUUGCAGUGAUAGGCUGCUUCAAGGAGCUGUUUUUAUGCUGGUUUUGCUGCUUAGAAACUUUGCUGAGGUAAUUGCCAAGGGUGAAGCUCAGGGAAUGGUGAGCAAGUUUAUUGGUAUAAUGCUUGGUAUAGCGUUGGCUUGCACAGGCUCCUCAACACCCCUUGCCCUUGCUUCUUUUAGUUUGGUGACAUCGAUCCACAUGUUUUGCAAUCUGAAAUCAUAUCAAUCCAUUCAACUAAGGACUAUAAAUCCCUAUCGUGAAAAAGCAAAGUUAGAACAUCUUCAGGAGCGAGGUAUGCAGCUGCUGAUAGUGAGCAGAGGCUGCAGCUGGGAUCAAAGCUCAGUGAUGUUGUAAACAACAAGACCGAUGUGCUUGCAUUGUUCAAUUUGUAUAGAGAUGAAGGCUACAUUUUAACUGAGCACGGGGGAUGAUUCUGUCAAUCAGGUAGUGCUUAAAGAAGUUCUUCACAACAUGACAUGCUCAAGUCACUGUUCCAAGUUAAUUAUUUAUACUGGCUGGAGAGAAAUGCUGGAAUUGAAGCACGAAGUUGCUCGAGCCAUCACUGCAUGGUCUGAAGUUUCUUAGAGAUGAUCAAAAUCGAGAGGCAAAACAUCUGUCUCUAGGUGCACAAAGUAGUUCUUUUUAAGAAAUAGUAGUUAGAUCUCUUGUUGUUGAUAUAAAUCCGUACUUCCUAUAUAGAAAGGAUAAAUUAUUUUAAAGUUCUUGAGAUUUUGAAGAAAUUGGACUCUGUAAGACCCAGUGAAUUUGGUAAUAUAUACACAUAUUAAUAGUGUA